AUGGUCUCCAAAAGACUGGAAAAACUGAAAGAAUCGGUUCAUAUCGAAUUCCUCAACAAUUAUCAAACAUUUCAUCGUCAUCAAAAAAGAAAAACUUCAGAUGGAAGAGAAGAGACAACUACAUAUACAGAGGAGAUUACGGUAGAUCAACUUCCAAGUUUUCUCCAUCCCAACGGAAUUGCUCUUCCUCAAAAGACCGACGGUGAAAUGCCUCCAAUUUUCCCAUGUCCCAUUCUUACCGAUUUUUUGAUGUUGAAAGAUUCCACGUGUAAUCCAUCUAAAUUUCUCGACGACGUCGACGUCUUCACAACUCUCUCUUCUAUCCGUAGUCUAGUUUGUCAGUGGGUCAAUUAUAAUGGACCAAAGAGUUUGUUUUUCAAAAAAAAUCCCCACUUCUGUCACAUGGAUAAUCAAGGUCGAGUUUAUCUGAAUACUGGAACCAACUACACUGUUCCAUAUGAAAGAAGUACUUCAUUUUUAAACAGAUUCACUAUUCUGGAACAUGGACAAACAUGGGAUGAAUUCAUCGCCACUUCAUAUUCUGGACUAGCGAAAAUUCGUCUGAAAAAUGGAAUGCGCGUGGCAUUCACCUAUAAAAUGUACUCCCAAUCUGACAGUCAACCAGUUGAUAUUGUCAUUCGAUCCGCUGGGUCUUUCCAAAAAGAAAUCGAAUUCCAUUUUAUGAAUUGCCUUCUCACGGAAAAGAAGAUAUGGAGAUAUGAAUUCUACCGAAAAACCACAGUAUUCCGGGAAUCGUUGUCAGCAGAGGAUUUGUGGAAUCGUAUGCCUCCAGAACAGCAAUUAAAAGUUGUGGAUUGUUUCGAGAGUCGUCUACCUGAUUUUUUGUUAGAAGUUGCUUAUGGAAUCGAGUCUGAAGACGUCGUCAACGUUAUCCGUUCGGUCAUCAAUUAUUAUGUUCAUAUGACGAAAAAGCCUGAUUUGGAGACACUUUACUAA